GGUACGUUCGAAAUUGGUGACAUUUUUGCACGUGUUUGCUCUGAAAUUUAUUUACUGCUUAUUGUCAUAUAAUUCUUGAAAUUAUGGUCCAAAUCUCUAAAAAACGUGUUCGUAGAAACACAAUUGUUUUAGAUAGUGGCUUAAAUUCGGUUAUAACUGCAUUACCGCCUGGUAAUACAGUAUCAACUACUAGCUCUCAAAAUGGUUUGAGUGCAGAUCUCACUCCUGUGAUACAGGUGAAAGAUGUUCUGUUAGAGAACUCUGAGUUCUGUAAACUAAACCUCCUUUUGAAAGAUAUGCAGAGGCAAGUAAGUGAAAUUCAGAAAAAAUUAGAUCAGUUUGAUAGUAUGUCACUGCCAAUCUCAAAUACCACGGAGAGCCGUUCUGAUAUUGGCCAGGUUAAGUGUUUACUGGAUGUAACUCAAAAUAAGCUUUUGAAUUUAGACCCAAUAGCCUGUCUUUUAGAAAGGCAUCCUAAAAUAUCUCCAGACAACCUAAAUAAAGCUGAAAAUCUGAUUGACUGCUUGGCUACGGAGGUGAUGAAGCGUAUAACCUCUUCUCACCAAGCUAUAGUUUACAACGUCCCAGACUCUCUGCCCCUGAAAACUGUAAGACACAAAAUCCUGAUUUGUUGCGGCAUGGCUAGUGUUCCAUGUGAAUGCAAACGACUUCGUAAAAAGUCUAACCAGGCUAAUUGCCCAAUCAUUUUUAAAUUCAGUAAUUCCCUUGAUGCUAGUAAGUUUACUAAAUGUCAGGAUCACUUAAGACUGAAUAGCAGUUAUAAGUCUAUAACCGUAGCUCAGGAUAAAACACCGUGUCAGCGCAGAAUAAUGCGUAGUAAUAACCUGGUCACCUCCUCUAGCUUUGAUUUACCAAAUAAGGAUCGUGCACAGCAACAGACACCUAGUGCUGAAACUAGCAUUCAGCAAACUACACAACAACCACACCUGCCAAUGGAACUAGGAACUGAUUUAGAUACCAGUACCCCUGUAAACAAAGCCUCAUCGAAAGAUGUUAAAAUGACUAGAACUUCUGCAAGUUGUUCUAAGAAAUUUCCCCCCAAACGUAGUAACCUCACCACGAUGAACAAAUUUCGCAGGGUUGAGACUAAUGAUGGGGAAGAAUACUUUGUAUUCAAUAAGCCUGCUGAGAGUAAGAAUGCCAACAAACCAUCACUUGUUACGAAAAACUCCUCUCGAAACAUAAGUACAUCUGGAGGUGUUCCGCAUGCUCCACCUUAUAGAAAGUCAGGCUCCAAGACUCCUAAAGUCUUGCAGCCAAAGCACCUUCCUUCACAAUUCCCUUUAAGUUAUAAAAACAACCCGAAGGUGUAUACCGGUAUGACGAAUAGCAGUUGGAUGGGUAGACCUUCUGAUGCUAUGCCUUUUAACCGCCAACCUAGGCCCAACCUGUACUACCCUUAUAUCCAGGAACACAUGGUAAAUUUUCCAGGUGUCCUGAAUCACUGGUACGACCCAUGGCACCUAGGACCACCUCAUUGCACACCAACUCCGAUGUGCAGACACCCAGUCCGACCUCCUUUUCAUUCAUAAAUUCUUGCGGUGCUGACGCACAAAUAGAUUUAGGUUAUGGUGACAUUUUAAGCCAGUUUGUAGUAUCCCGUGACUUAUUCACGAUAUUGCUAAUUAAUGCACGCUCCUUAAUCAAUAAGAUAUCUGAACUAAGGACAUUAUUAUUAGUCGCCAAGCCUACUGUAGCUCUGAUUACUGAGUCAUGGUGCUCAUCCUCAGUACUUGAUGUGCAUAUAGGUAUCGAUGAU